AUGUUGAAGGAGAUCCAAAUAGUGCUCUGGUUCCUUUUUGUCUUUGUCAUUUCCAUUUUCUAUAAACUCUCCCUGAAGUCUGGCUGCAUCUUCUCUUGCAUGCCUAUUGCUAAGCGAUUCCUGACGCCAGAGGAUGUUAUGAGCCAGAGCAGAAGCAUCAUCUUUGUGGAGAUCACAGAUCGCCUUGAGCCUCUUCCACUGGUUUCAUGUUCUGUGGAAUCUGCUGCCAGGAUCUACCAUGACAGACCUGUUGUUUUCUUCAUGGCAGGGCUGAACAAUAGCACAUGGCUGGAUUCAAAUUCCACUUAUCCAGCCUUCUCACUUUUAUCUGCUAUGAAGAAUGUCUUCAUUUUUCCUUUCCAGAUGGAAACUUUGUUCCAGGAGACACCUCUGCUCGCAUGGUAUCAUAAGGUAAAUGCAGCCCAGGAAAAGUACUGGGUUCAUAUCAGCUCUGACGCCAGCAGACUUGCACUCAUCUGGAAAUACGGUGGGAUCUACAUGGACACAGAUGUCAUCUCCAUGAGGCCUAUUCCAGUGGCAAACUUCCUGGCGGCCGAGGCUUCCAAGGUCUCCAGCAGUGGGGUUUUUGGCUUUCCUCACCAUCACUGGUUCAUUUGGGAUUGCAUGAAUGAUUUUGUUCAAAACUACAAUGGACGCAUUUGGGGAAACCAAGGACCCAUCUUAAUGACGAGAAGGCUGCGAGCCUUGUGCAACCUGACCAAUUUCCAUAAUGUGGAGGAUCAAAGGUGUGGGAACAUUUCCUUCUUACAUCCUCAGCGUUUCUACCCUAUCCCUUACCCAGCAUGGAGGCAGUACUACACGGUUUGGAAGAGAAGCCCUGACUUCAACAACUCCUAUGCUUUGCACCUGUGGAACUUCAUGAACCAGGGACGCAAGACUGCGGUUGCAGGAAGUAACACGUUAGUGGAAAAUCUGUACAAAACAUACUGCCCCACCACUUAUAAGGACCUUAUUCAAGGCACAGAAGGCAGUGGUCAUAUGCAACAAAACAAGACUGAAUGA